AUGGCCGACCGAUAUCGAAACACCGUCAGCCGCGCAGCAGCAAAGCGCAAGCCUCUGGCUGACAUUAGCAAUUCGCCGAACAUGCCAGUCUCGCAACGACCGAUCAGGAAUGGCAAAGCAGCGGCCUCACCGCACACUCGACUACCACACAACGAGUCUCUCGAGGCAAAUGGCUCGUUGGCAGUCCGCGGUCAGACCGCAUCUCCGGGCCCCAAGCGCGUCUCCCAGAUCGCCGGCGAGCACGAGCGUGACACCAAGCGCGACUCCGCCAUCUCGACUACCUCAACGAAUGCUUCCGGCCGCAAGCGCAAGACCUUCAUUGGACACUGGCAACUCGGCAAGACCAUCGGCAAGGGUGGCUGCUCGCGGGUCCGCAUCGUCCGCCAUCGAUACCGAGAUCAAUAUGGCGCAGUGAAGAUCAUCACGAGAUCUGUGGCGGAGAGCACACGAGCACAGAGCUUGGCGAACCUGAUUGAGAGCACCAAGGGCACACCACAGCAGACGAUCAACGGUCAGAAGCCUAUUCCUUAUGGGCUGGAGCGCGAGAUUGCCGUCAUGAAGCUUCUCGAGCACCCAAACAUUGUGCGCCUGUUCGAUGUGUGGGAGAACCGUAACGAGCUCUAUCUCAUCAUGGAGUACGUGGAAGGCGGCGAACUCUUUCACUAUGUGGACGACAUGAAGGGUCUGCCGGAAGACGAGUCGGUGUACAUCUUCCGUCAGAUCAUCUCCGCUCUGCUUUACUGCCAUCGACUCCUCAUCUGCCAUCGGGAUCUGAAGCCCGAGAACAUUCUUCUGGACCGGCGAGACUUGAGUGUCAAGAUCAUCGACUUUGGCAUGGCCGCUUUACAGCCAGAAGGCAAGCUUCUCAGCACUCCUUGUGGCAGUCCACACUACGCCGCGCCCGAGGUGGUCAUCUCCAGGCCGUAUGAUGGGACCCAGGCCGAUGUCUGGAGCUGUGGAGUGAUUCUCUAUGUCAUGUUGACUGCCACAACGCCAUACAACUCCCCUCCGGAUGGCAAUGUUCGUGCGCUCUUUCACGACAUCGCUCACGCCAACUACUUCCUUCCGUCGGGUUUGAGUGCCGAAGCGAAGGAUCUGCUUCGUCGUAUCUUCGUUGUCAACCCGAGCAAGCGAAUCACCAUGGACGAAGUCUGGGAUCACCCAUUUUUGCACAAGUACGACAAGCCUUUUGGUUUCGUCGGGGAGGCGGGAACGAAAGAGGCCGCUGUCGGCGAGGCGCCUAAAAUUGAGGAGUGGAAAAUCAAGCGCAUCCAGGACAUCGAUCGCGAGAUUCUGCGCAACAUGCGCACACUUUGGCACAGUGAGCCGGAGAACUGUCUCGUUCAAAAGCUUGUCAACGACGACUACAAUCAGGAAAAGCUUUUCUACGCUGCACUGGUGAAGCACAAGGAAGAGCAUUUGGAGAACUACUGCGGCGAGGCCGAUGACAUUGGCUAUUCUGCAAGCGAUUAUCACCACAGUCGACCACCGAGAGUUGGCGAAGCGCCACCUAUGCCGCCGAACAAGGCAGAGCGAUCGCAAUCUCAGUACUCGAUCAUGAAUGAUGAGCACUUGCGUCCGAGCAACAGCUUUGUCGGGCCACCGCCAUCCGUGAGCAGCUACGACCCGUAUCGAGCUUCGAAAGAUCCGCUUGUCAGCUCUCCAGGGGACUACGUAAACAUCACAGUGCAUCGAAAUGGCACAAACAGCACUCGCAGACUCAGCAAGGUCUCGACUGCCAGUGUGCUGACAGCUCAGGAAUCAACACGGGCGCACGCUCCGGAGACACCAACCUUGCCCAUUCAGCCUCGCGAGCAUCGCUUGAAAGCUUUCUCGAGGAUCCGCGAGGUUCCUGAGUCGAGCCCGACUAUGCCUGCGGAACAGCCGUUGAGGUCUCGCAAGGAGAGAGCAAUGGCGGGACUUCUGGAGACGCCCCGACUCAAGGCUCGGAAUCCAAACACGCCUGGUCAUCAUAUGCGCAGUGAGAUCCGCAAACACAGUGCGGAGCUUGAAAAGGCCUGUGAGGAAGCCUUCCAGAUCCGUGAGUCUUUUGGAUCCACCAUGACAGCCAAGUCGCACACUUCUGCAACGGAUAAACAAUCACCAUACGAUACGCCACCGUCGUCUGUCUAUGCAACGACACCGGAACUUCCCACCAAAACGACUUCUCGUCCACUGCCAGAGCCUCCCAGGGACACGCCUAACACGUACUUGACGAGGACCUUGGAGGAAACGAGAAAAAAGCUCGCCGCGUACAAGGGAAGUGGUGAUGAGAAUGCUGCCAAGUUUGAGGAAGUGAUGAAGAUGCUCGACCACAUCAUGCCUGGCACUGGGCCGUCUCCUGAUAAGCGGAUAAUGUCUGCACCGGAGGCGUCCAAAGCUGCGGAGCACCACGGCCUUCCGAUUAUCUCAGAGGAAGGGAGUGAUCAGCGCAGCAGCAGAGAAGGCGUCAACUGGCGCAAUGUGACUGCGCCGGUGCCCAAGGAGCGUAGACUCGAUGACAAAACAAUUCGAGUCGUACAGCCUUCUCCUUCCGGCACCGUCGCGCCGCUCAACAUACGCAAGGCAGGAAGUUCUAGUCCAGUAAGCGACGACACAUACAACAUGAGGAAGCCUACGUCCAAGGCGUCCAUCGAGACCCUAGGCCGAAAGCGCACGAACGAUCCGGCUCACUUGAUGGCAAUUGACGAGGAGAGCACUUUACUCGCAACUCCCACAAUUAUGCGAAAGAAGCGAUCUGGUUGGUUUGGCCGAGCGAGGAAAGAAGUCGGUACUGAAAUGGAGGGUGGCAGAUCUUUCAUGUCUCCGUCAUCCGAUGGCAUGGCGGACAUGUCACAGCAGAGCCGGGCGACUAUAAGGAGCAGGGCUGUUCCACAACAGCUCGCAUCCGCAUCCUCUAGCGAGUUCCCCAUCCGCAAACCUCUCUUUGGCAACGGCAAGACAGGAUUUUCCAAGUGGAUCGGAAGGUUGGGCCGCGAGAAGGGCGUUGACAACACCAUGACGGAAGCAGGUAAGCAUCCGUCUCAGAUAUGCCAUUGCCCAUUUGCAGACAGCUCACUCUCUCCUACAGAUACCACGAUGAGGACCAAUGCGUCCCUCGACUCCUUGUUCUCGGCGGCAUCUCCGACGCCAUCCACGGAUGAUGCUCCACCCUCUGCCGGUCCUGAACGUUCUUGGUUCGCCCGUUUCUUCAACAUCAAGCCAGCUACGCAGAUCUUGUGCUUGAGCAUCAACCGCAAACAUGCUCGACAAGAGCUUGCGAUCUUGAUGAAGGAGUGGCAACAUCACGGCAUCCGCGACCUGGAGUGCUCGCGCAAGCACAACACGAUCACUGCCCGUGUGGACAAGGUCAAUUCCAUGGACAUCAAGCCUGUGACGUUCAGAAUUGAAAUUUUCGCGGUUCUGGAGCAUGGGCGUCCGGGAACCCGACCACGUCAGGUCGAUUUGGCUAUUGCAAGGUUUGUGCAGGUGAAGGGUGCUGUGAGUGGUUUGCGGGCCGUGGUGGAGGUGUUGGACGGAGUGAUGAGGGGCAAGGGAUACUUGGUGGAGGAUGAGGAUAAGUGGAAGGCAUUGUGCGAGAUUGUUGGAGGCUGA